CAAAGCUAUGUUGGAAUCACGCGGGCAAUGUAGGUUGCAGGUCUACAUCGCUAUCAGAAAAUAGAUUACUGAGAGAUGUCAUUCUUGUUCGACUACUGCCACAGAUUUCAUCAACCCGGAACCCCAGCUUGCCUACUUUACGUCAAGUGACAUCAUUGCUCCUUUUGGACGCUGCGUAGUGCGUAAUGGAUAAAACUGGGCGGAGUUAUGCCGGGCUUUCCCCGAAUUACCUACUGAAAGCGGCUCAGUAAGCCUCAGUCACAGUCCGACUGUAAAUAAGUUCUGUGACACAACCAAAUCUGAUGCCGCUAUGAUGGACGGAUAUACCCAAUAGGCUGUGGAAGUUUAACGGUGUUUGUAGCGUGUUAGAUUCAUAUGUGUUAGUGUCGGUGUCUAGCACCUAUGGUUUACAUGAUGGGGAUGCAACCAGAGGGUCCUCGCGCUAGUCGGCGGCGGUCAUCGGUGGAUGAGCUGUUCGACGCGGGCGCUUGGAGGAUCCGCAGUAUUUGGGACGGGGUGAAGUUGGAGAUCGCGUCUGCAGAGGAGAACCCUGUCGUUCUGAACAGUUUCACUCAUUUGGACCCUGACUUGCCCAUAUUUGAGAACUCCACGCAGGAGAUUGGUGAGGAGACGGAGGAUGGGGCCGUGUACACCAUCACGCUGCGCAAGGUGCAGUUGCACCAGACGGCCAGUAAGGGGCAGCGGUGGCUGGGCGUGGAGACGGACGCGGCGCUGAGCCUGUACGAGACCUGCAAGGUGCGCAGCAUCCGGGCCGGCACGCUGGACAAGCUGGUGGAGUACCUGCUGGCGGCGUUCAGGGGGAAGGACUCCACCUACAUCACCAUCUUCCUCUGCACCUACCGCGCCUUCGCCUCCACCCAGCAGGUGCUCCACCUGCUGCUGCACAGGUAUGCCAAACUACAGUCGCAGCCCAAUGCAUUGGAGUAUGACACAGAGCAUGAGGACCAGACAGAACUCAAGAACACCAUCUCCUCCAUCCUCGGGGCGUGGCUGGACCAGUACUCGGAGGACUUCUGGGCCCCACCGGACCACGGCUGCCUGAGAGAACUUGUCACGUACCUGCAGAAGAACUUCCCAGGAUCGGACCUGGAGCGUCGCGGACAGAACCUCCUGGAACACUUCCAACGCAAACAACAGUACAAGACAGAUGUGGAGGGAGAGCUGGGUUCCUGCCCGUUUGCCACGCCAGAAGAGAACGUCUUUGAGGACGAGCUUCCUGCCCUGGACUUCCUGUCCUUCGACCCAGUGCUCGUGGCGGAGCAGUUCACCCUGAUGGACGCGGAGCUCUUUAAGCGGGUGGUGCCGUACCACUGCCUGGGCGGCAUCUGGUCGCAGCGAGACAAGAAGGGCAAGGAGCACCUGGCGCCCAGCGUCCGCGCCACCGUGGCCCAGUUCAACAGCGUGGCCAACUGCGUCAUCGCCACCUGCCUGAGCCCGCGCGGCCUCAAGGCCAAUCAGAGGGCCCGGCUCGUGGAGCGCUGGAUAGAGGUCGCCAGGGAGUGUCGGAUCCUGAAGAACUUCUCAUCUCUGCGGGCGAUCCUGUCCGCGCUGCAGUGUAACUCCCUCCAUCGGCUCAAGCGCACCUGGGAGGAGGUGUCCAGGGAAAAUAUCCGCACCUUUCUGGAACUGUCCGAGAUCUUCUCAGAUGACAACAAUCACUCUGUGAGUCGGGAGCUGCUCGUCAAGGAGGGCACGUCUAAGUUCGCCACGCUGGAGAUCAACCACAAGCGCGCACAGAGACGGCACCAGCAGCAGAGAGACCUGGGAGUCAUGCAGGGCACUAUCCCCUAUCUGGGCACCUUCCUGACUGACCUGGUGAUGAUGGACACUGCUAUGAAGGACUAUGUGGAGGGUGGACUCAUUAACUUUGACAAGCGCAGGAAGGAGUUUGAGGUGAUUGCUCAGAUCAAGCUGCUGCAGCUGGCCUGUAAUAACUACAGCUUCACACGCAACAUCGCUUCACUGGCUCAGCUCAACAAACUGACCUAUACUCUGUCCUGUGAGAUCGAGCCUCUGUCUGAGUCAGCCUUCAGCACUCUAAAGGGCAAGAGGAACAAGCGAGUGAACGAUCGGCAGGCGGAGGGUAGCGAUGGCGUGGGUAGCCGGCUCAGUGAGGGCGGCUCUAAUCGGGUCGGACCCCCCCACUCCAAGUCCAUGGACCAGCUGCGCUACCCGUCACCCCAGGCCAGGUCAAAGGUCAACACGUGGGACGGCGGCGACUCGCUGAGCGUGACAUCGGCCGGCUCCAGCAGCUCCGACCUGGAAGGAGCCAAUGACAGCUUCCUGUCCGACUCACCGGACUCCACCCAGGACAGGAAGCUGUGGGAGUCCACGUCCCUGUGUUCGCUGGACACCUCUGGCAUGGGCUCCAGCUCCAGCUGCACGUCCACCUCCUCCGUAGCGUCCACGCCCGUCCCCUCGUCAUCAUCACCGUCGUCACGGAUACACAAGCACAAGCGCUCGGCCUCGGCGGUCUCCUGCGUCUCCUCACUCUCGCUGCCCCUCUACAACCAGCAGGUGGACGACUGCUGCGUCAUCCGGGUCAGCCUGGACCUCAACAACGGCAACAUGUACAAGAGCAUCCUGGUGACCAGCCAGGACAAAACGCCAGCGGUCAUCAGGAAGGCCAUGGGCAAACACAACCUGGACAAGGAGCACGCAGACGACUAUGAGCUCCUGCAGAAGGUCUCCGAGGACAAAGAGCUGAGAAUCCCAGAUAACGCCAACGUCUUCUACGCCAUGAACUCCUCGGCCAACUACGACUUUGUGCUGAAGCGGCGUGACAUGCCCAGGACGGUCCGGUCCAAGAGCAUGGGCAGUGCCAGCAGCUCCACGCUGCCCCGCAUCCACCAGAAGGGCCUCCGCAUCGUCAAGGGCAUCCUCUGAGGAAAGAGCCUGCCCCGAGGAGGAGGAGGAGGAGGAGGAGGAGGAGGAGGUGUCCUGAGAGAGAUCGGUGUGUGUUUCUGUGUGAAGCGUCUCUUAGAGAGCAGGACGGUGUGCCGGGCAGCAUGUUGACCAGACCUUCGCUAACCCCCUCCCUCCGCCUGCUGCUGCUGCUGCUGCUGUCUAAACCCGCACGUGUUUUCCCGAACCUCAGAGCCCAGCGUGGGGCAGCACAGAGGGGCCAGCGAGACUAGUGCCCUGAGGCCUCCAGACUCCACCAGGAGACCAGUCUGCCCAUGUGACUGAGGCCUCCAGACUCCACCAGGAGACCAGUCUGCCCAUGUGACUGAGGCCUCCAGACUCCACCAGGAGACCACUCUGCCUAUGUGACUGAGGCCAGACUCCACCAGCAGGUGGUGUGGAUGUGCCGUAUGCGCUCUCACAGUGUCACAGCUGUCUCAAGUUCUGCUUCGCACUGCACACAGCCAAAGCCAACAGAUAUACACACACAGGUUCCCUCUCAGACUCACACACGCUCACACACAGAGAAGCACCAUGCUUCAGUACCAGUACAUGCACUUUAAAAGGAGCAUCUGUCAGUCUGUCUUUCUGUCUGCCUGUCUGUCUCUCAGUGAAUGGAAAGCUAAUGUGUAAACUCUGCAGACUUGGCUGAGUUGCUGCCUCUGCUUUCUCUCUGCGUUUUCUAUAUGCAUCCCUGUGGCCCACAACACAAUGAGACUGUUUUACACAUUACACAUCAGGAAGGGACAACUAUAGGGGACGUUUGGCUAACUUGUUUAACACACUUCAGUGCAACUACAGGAGACAUUUGGCUAACUUGUUUAGGGGACGUUUGGCUAACUUGUUUAACACACUUCAGUGCAACUACAGGAGACGUUUGGCUAACUUGGUUAGGGGACGUUUGGCUAACUUGUUUAACAAACUUCAGUGCAACUACAGGGCCUGUCAAGUUGUUAACUUAUGUUGGAAACACAGGAAACUUUUUUUUUGUUCAGUACAGUUUCAAACGAGACCUUGCCUUCUAUCUGUGUUUUAUAAAUGUUGUACGUACGUGUGCGUUACGGGAAUAGUCCUCCUUUGGAGAGUCUUCAGGGACCACACUGUGGCUGAAAGGACCGCAGGGGUCUUAUGACCGAGACCAUCGGGGUCAGGACCGCAGGGGUCUUAUGACGGAUCCUCAGAUGGAUCCUUACUGGACUCCAGAUACCGAGACGUGUGUGAGGAGAUAAGCGCUCAGGACACACUGGCAACAGCAGAACAGUCUCAUCAGAUGAACUGGCUGUGUUCUAGCGUCCUGUGGGAGACUUUGAGAACACCUGUGCUUGUUUGUGCUUUCCUCAGUGAAUGUGUACCUGUUUGUCCUACCUGCUGUCCUCUUGGCAACUAAGCUAACCGCUGUGAUUGGCUUUCCGUCUCUGUUGUUGCAGUCUGAUUGGCUGUCUUCUGUUUAUGAAGAACACUGUGAUUGGCUUGCUAUGCUAUGAAUGGCCUUUUUGUCCUGUCGGUGUGAAUCACUGUGACCCGCCUUUUCCUGUCUUGCUGAACACUGUGAUUGGCCUUUUCCUGUCUGAGCUAAACAGUGUGAUUGGCUGUUAAAGCUGUCACUCUCUCUACAGUACGUCCCCUCUCUCAGUGGGAUGUUUCGUCUGCUUGUUUACUAUCCUCUGGCGCUUUCUGUGUGAAAUUGCAUAAAUAAUUUGGCAGUUAUCACUGUUGAUAAUUAUGACAGUUAAAACUUUUGACAUGACCCCUGCGUGCUCAGGUGAGCUCUUACUCUCUCAGUGCCCGUAUGUUGAGCUCAUAGCUGACCACUCUUACAUGUUCUCACUUCGGUGAUAGAUUCCCACAUAAGCUUUUACCAGCAAGUGUUACUAGAUCGGAUGGCAGGCUAAACCAUGCCCCUACGAGACCAGUUUCUCCACGAAAGCCAAAGACCACACAUGUUAGAUGUAGGAAAAGCAUUAGUUCAUAUGAGAUAAGGAAUGUGGAUGUAUGAAAAACAUUAGUUCAUAUGAGAUUAAGGAUGUGGAUGUAUGAA